CAACAAGUUGUAUCAGAGCUAUUGGUAGAGCUCUUGGUGUUGUGGCGAAAUGCAAACUAAAGCCAUGAAGUAUUCAAUUGAGUUGUUUGAUGGCAAGAGUAACUUUGCUAUAUGGCAAAGCACUCUGAAGGAUGUCCUUACUUGUCAAGGACUUGAAGCAGCUUUAGAAGAGACCAAGCCAGUUGAGAUGAAGGAUAUAGUGAAUGUUGGAGAUAUUCUAGAAGAAGAAGAGAAGGGUUUACUUUUACUUGCAUCUUUGUUCAAGUCGUAUAAGUCCCUAGUGCAGAGCAUGCUAGUGGGUAAGACUACUUUGGUGAUGAAAGAUGUCACGACCAUGUUGUUGGAGAAUGAUAAGUUUCUCGGGGAGGUUGAUGGUGCCAAUCAAAAUAAUGCCUUGGUGAUGGAGCACUCUCGGGGAAGAGCCAAUGGACAUGGAGGUGGAGGAAAUCGAGAAAGGUCGAAAUCCAAACCUAAGAAGGAUUAUGAUGAAGUGUAGUGUUUUUAUUGUGGUGUGGUGUGGGGCUGUGGGCUUUUGCUUUAGGGGCAAGAUUUGUUUGGAACUAUGAGUCUAUGUGGCUUAGCUGUUUUAUUAUGCCCCUACCCACCAGGCUACCACUUGUGUUCAUGCUCAUGGGUGCAUGUCAUGGAUGUCAUACUGGAAAAUGAAAUACAUGUAUGUGUGUUCAACAGCCCACACCGCAAUCAUGGCAUGCCUUUAUCACUCAUAGAAUCCUGCUUGCAAUGUGUUCAUCCAUUGAACAUUAGGACCCCAUGGGAAGAGAUAAAUAAAAGAGAACAUUAGGG